AUGAGUGGGGACCAUGCCCACAACGAGGACCAGAUUGACGGUGGCUCUCGAGUCAACGACUCUCACAGACAUAAAAAUAAAGAACAUAAACACAAGGACCACAAGAAAGAUAAGGAACGGGAAAAACUAAAGCAUGGCAAUGGUGAACACUCUGACAAAAAACAUCGCGAUAAGGAUAAGAUGAAGCACAAAGAUGGCAGCACAGAAAAAUUUAAAGACAAGCACAAGGAGAAGAAGCUAAAAGUCAUUGAUGGGAAAAUCAAAAAAGAGAAGGAGAAUGGCUUUUCCAGCCCGCCACAUGUAAAAUCUGACCCUGAUGAAGACUUUUACAACUCGCCUAAACAUGAGAAAUCAUUGAAGCGAGAGCGGGAUGAUGAUGAAGAUUACGAUAUUAAGCCCAAAAAAAUAAAGACUGAAAAUGACAAGAAGGACAAGAAAAGGAAACAAAUUGAUGACGCGAAGACUAAAAAGACGAAAGAUAAAAAAGGAGAAACUGCCGAUGGAAAAAAGAAAGCAAAAAAGGAACCAGAAGAGAAGUGGAAAUGGUGGGAAGAGGAGCGAUACACAGAUGGCGUCAAGUGGAAAUUUCUGGAGCACAAAGGACCAGUGUUUGCCCCACCAUAUGAGCCACUUCCUAGCAAAGUCAACUUCUACUAUGAUGGUAAACCAAUGAGGCUCAGCCCAGAGGCAGAAGAGGUGGCCACAUUCUUUGCCAAAAUGCUGGACCACGAAUACACCACUAAGGACAUCUUUCGCAAAAACUUUUUUAAAGAUUGGCGGAAGGAAAUGACCGCAGAGGAAAAAGCGAAGAUCACAGACUUGAAGAAGUGCAAUUUCACUGAAAUGGCUGAUUACUUCAAGGCUCAGUCUGAAGCCAGAAAGGCCAUGUCCAAGGAGGAGAAAUUGAAAAUCAAAGAGGAGAACGAGCGCCUCUUGCAGGAGUACGGCUUCUGCAUCAUGGACAGCCACCGAGAAAGGAUUGCCAACUUCCGCAUUGAGCCGCCGGGCCUUUUCCGCGGUCGUGGGGACCAUCCUAAAAUGGGCAUGCUUAAACGUCGAAUCCGACCCAAAGACACCAUCAUCAACUGCAGCAAGGACUCCAAGCACCCACAGCCUCCUCCGGGUACAAAGUGGAAAGAGGUUCGUCACGAUAACAAGGUGACAUGGCUGGUGUCGUGGACUGAGAACAUUCAAGGUUCCACCAAGUACAUCAUGUUGAACCCCAGCUCUAGGAUCAAGGGAGAGAAGGACUGGCAAAAGUACGAAACAGCCCGUAGACUAAAGAAAUGCGUGGACCGCAUCAGGACGCAGUAUCGCGACGACUGGAAGUCCAAGGAAAUGAGGAUCCGACAGAGGGCUGUCGCGCUUUACUUCAUCGACAAGCUGGCUCUAAGAGCAGGUAACGAGAAAGAGGAAGGAGAAACCGCCGACACGGUGGGCUGCUGCUCCCUCAGAGUGGAACAUCUCAAACUCUACCCAGAAAACGAGGGGCAAGAGUAUGUUGUGGAGUUUGAUUUCCUAGGAAAAGAUUCCAUUCGAUACUACAACAAAGUCCCGGUGGAAAAAAGGGUUUUUAAAAAUCUUCAAUUGUUCAUGGAAAACAAAGAGCCGGAUGACGACCUGUUUGAUCGCUUAAACACUUCAAUCCUCAACAAGCACCUUCAGGAACUGAUGGACGGGCUGACGGCCAAAGUUUUCCGUACAUACAACGCUUCAAUUACCUUGCAGCAGCAACUCAAAGAGCUUACGAACGCGGAUGAGAAUGUUCCGGCCAAGAUUCUGUCCUACAACAGGGCCAACAGAGCUGUGGCAAUCCUGUGUAACCACCAGAGGGCUCCACCCAAAACGUUUGAGAAGUCCAUGCAGAACCUGCAGACAAAGAUUGAAGCAAAAAGGGACCAGCUGUCAGAUGCUAAAAGAGAGCUGAAGAGCGCCAAGGCUGACGCCAAAGUACGGAAGGAUGAAAAAUCCAAGAAGGCUGUGGAGACCAAGAAGAAGGCCGUCCAGAGGAUAGAAGAGCAGUUGAUGAAGCUGGAAGUUCAGGCGACCGACCGUGAAGAAAACAAGCAGAUUGCGCUUGGCACUUCAAAGCUUAACUAUCUUGACCCUCGUAUUUCUGUGGCUUGGUGUAAGAAGUGGGGCAUUCCCGUUGAGAAGAUCUACAACAAAACCCAGCGCGAGAAGUUCGCCUGGGCCAUCGACAUGGCAGACGAGGACUUUGAAUUUUAA